AUGGACAAAGCACACGUCGAGGUGAUUGUCAGACCAGCAAUUGGAGUCACAAGUACCAGGGAAAAGUAUCUUGAGGUCGUGCAAACAGCCGGAACCGAUGAAAAUGCUUCGACUACACUCCUGUUACUUGCACCGGCCAUGAAUGCUGCUGUUUUGGCCCUAUUGGAUGCUGCUGUACCACUCAAAAGCGUCCUUGCUGCUACCACAGUGGCCUUCAUGAAGGGUAGCGGCGGGGUUGUUGUGGAACCAGGACUAGACGAGUUGAAAAAUUCUGCCAGUACACAUGUUCUCGCUUUCACCAGUACCGGCCAACUGGGAUUUGUCGAAAGUGAUGGAGAGUUUGAGUACGAAGAUUUUGAGAGAGUUGUGGAAGCUGGUCGCGGGGUUUGUUCAGUGGAACAGAAAGGCCACCACGCCAUGGAUACGGAAGCGAAAUACCAUGCGGUCGGUGAACUGAUUAGAAAGAUAAUGAGCCAAAAGGUAGAAAUGGAUAUGAGAUGGAGGGCAUAA